AAUCCUUAUUUUUAUAAUUUGCAUUUCACCAAAAUAUACUUACAAUAUAUAUGUUCCAGUUAUUCCAGCAGUUAUAACUGUUAGUAAAAGGGAAAAAAAAAAAAAAGGUUUGUUGCCAUGCCAACUUUUAAGUUUUCUUUUAAACAACAUUGGCUCUUUAUCUGAGGAUAAAACUCUUCAGAGGCAUAAUGACCCUCAAGAAUGGGGAACUGACCAUACUGACAUGGGGUCACAUGGGGUCAUGCUUCAGCAUCCCAGCGACGGCGUCCUGUCCCCCCCUCCUUCUUCUCACCAGUUUCCUCUCCAGUUUUUAAAGGCGUAGAAAUUACACUGACCACUUGGUGGCACCAAAUUACGGAAGAGAAAAGAUUCAAGUUUUUUCUUUGAGGUAUUUUUUGCUUUUGUGGUUUUUUUUCCCCGGUGCUAGCAGUGAGCAGGUGCCCCAUUGUAUUGUGAGGCACGGAGAGGAGAGGGACACAGAUUUUUUUAAGCAGUGUGCCCUAAACUCUUGGGGAGCGAGACAUUACAGGGAUAACAUUGCUAAUUAGUAAAUGUCUUCACUGGGCCAGCCCCAGGAAAACUGACCUUCACCCCACCCACCCCCGUCUCUUGACUGGAGCACACAGUUCUGGUGUCGGGGAGACAGGCCUGGGAGUGGCCCCUCCGGUCAUGGAACAGGCCAUGGAACAGUAAGGAGCAUGGCAAGAGGGUCCAGCUGGGGUGAAAUAGCCUGUCCAUUUGUCUGUCUCCUCUCUAUCACCAGAACCCAUGGGAGGUGGUGGGGACAGUGUCCUUUUCAUCUUUAUAUUCCCAGCAGCUAGCAGCAGUCUGGUCCUCCCUGACUGGUGAAAGUUUGCUGAAUUGACGCUAGGAAAGGAAGCUUGGGCGUGGAGAGUGAUGAGGUUCAGGAAGUACAAAUGACGUUUUUUAAAGAGCAGUGUGGAGGACAGGCAAAGUCUUAAAGGCAUGUCUUCAGCCUCUGCAAGAGUCUGUGUGGCUUCCAGAUGCUGCAGCAACUUCUCUAACAUCACCAUGGGCAGAAGAGCCCCAUCUGCCAAGACACGUUCAUGCUGGCAAAGCCCGUAGGACCAUGGAGUCGAGGGGCUCGCUGGGCAGCCGGGCCCUCUCACACGACAGUAUUUUCAUUCCCGAGUCGUGCCAGGACCCGCCACGACCUGUGCGGGUAUUCUCCCAAGAAAAUGUAUGUGACCGGAUCAAGGCUUUGCAGUUAAAAAUACAGUGUAAUGUGAAAGUGGGCCCACCACCUCCAGGGGGCCUUCCUGCCAAGAGGGGAGAUGAUGCCGGCAUGAGUUCUGAGGACGACGGUCUGCCCAGGAGCCCCCCUGAGAUGUCCCUGCUGCAUGACAUUGGUCCCAGCACAACCAUAAAGGUCUCUUUAAUUUCCUCAUCCCGGCCGCCGUCUCCAGACCAGCUCUCCUCCAGGCACUUGAGUGACACCCCCAUCUUCUCCCGGACCUUGGACAGCAGUGUGGCACCGGUGGCUGAUUUCAGUUAUCCCCCAGAAUUCUCCUCCUGCCUGGACAACUCUGCAGCUAAGCACAAGCUCUUAGUUAAGCCCCGCAACCAGCGGUCGAGCAAGAUGAGGCGGCUGUCUUCGCGGGCACAGUCCGAAUGCCUGAGCGACCUGAUCUGCACCCCAGAGGAGGAGGAAUAUGAUGAGAAGCCAUCACCCACAGUCAUCUCAGAAGACAAGCCCACUACUGGACAGCAAGACAUGGUCCAGGACAGAGGCCCUGAGCCCGGGAAACCAGCCACCAUGCUGCCACCUGGGGGGCCCCGUGCAAGACGGGCACGCCUACAGCACUGCCCGGCGCUCAGUGCCAGUGCAGAGGAGGAGAGCGCCCCAGGGGACAAUCCCUCGAGCCGCCCGACCACCCCCGAGGUCACAGAGCCUGUGUCAAGCCCAGCCCCCUGCUUAGAGUCCCCACUUUUGCCAGAAGACUCCCUGCACCCUGACCCCGACAGCGAAAACCAGAGGGAGGAGCUGUCCUUCGCAAGCGCAUGUCCCCCAGCCGGGGACACAGCUGAUGAGGUAGCUUGUGCUUCUGGAGAUGCUGAGAGUCGGUUAUCUCCCCACAUCCCUGGGGAAGACAUGACACCACCUGCGACCGGCCCUGCCACCACCGUGGAGACCCCCUCUGGUCCAGAGGGGCCAGACCACAAUGUGCAGAAGGAGGUGGAGCUGACACUGGCAGUGCCUAGUCUCGAGGGAGCAGGGACAGAAUGUUCCGAGACCCCUGCCCCAAACCUCCCAGUCCCCAAGAGCUGCUUGAAGCACAAGGCCCUGGUGGCCAGCAGGAGCCUCAACGUGUCCCUCGCUUUGUCCACCUCGGAGUCACCUCCAGAGGAGCCCACCCCCUGUGCCCUGGACAAGGAUGCCAGCCCCCUGGAGCCUUCCAGGGCUGAACUGGCUGGGUCCCCACAAGAGGGACCCGAGAGGGUGGCACGGGAGCAGAAAAUCGCAAGAGGCGGUGGUGAGCCUCGGAGUGUGAAGAAGUUCUCCGUGUCCUCGGGCCGGGCGUGGCCACGCACAGGCCACAGAGACCGGCUGGGACACUCUGGCCUUGUGGGCCCUGCUGCUGUCCCCUCCGCUGUCCGGCUUCCCCUGCUGAGGAGCGGCCAAGCCUGGCAGAGCGAGGCUGCCCUCGAUGACCUCCAGGUACCUCCUGUGCCCCAGAACCGAAAACUGGACCCUCAGGAGCCACCCUCACCAGCUGAAUGUGGCUCUCAGGACCUGGGGGACAGGGUAGCCAGUCAGGCUGGGCCGGGCAGGAGCCCCCAGGAUGCAGUGAAUACGCCAGCCACAAGUGACCCCUGCCCCGCUGCCCAGGAGCCACCCACCGGUGGGGACAGAAGCUCCUUCCCUGUGAAGCUUCGGUCCACAUCUCUCUCUUUCAAACACAGAGAUGUGUCCUCUCCAGAAGUGAAAGGAAUCAAGAGGUACAGUGCUGAGGUCAGGCUAGAAAAGGGAGGACUGACACUGCUUUCAAAAGAGGACAAGUGUCCCAUGCGGACCGCCCCCGCUACUCGGGGGGCCAGGUCCCCAAACGACCAGGGGAAGGGGAAGGUCCGGUCAUCGGAGCAGCUCGGCUCCAAGCCACCCCUGCCCAGGAAGCCACUUCUGCAGGCCCUCACCCUCCCGUACCCGCCAGCAUCCCCUGAUGUCAGCCCCGGAGAGCUGGACAAGGCCACGCUGCCCCCGGGCCCCAGAAAGGAGAGUCGGAUGGCAGAGAAAAGGUCGCCCCACCAAGGAGCUGAUAAGGGUCUGCCUCCCUCAGCAACAGGGCCUGGAGCUGAGGGCCAGUCUGGGCCACCCUGGAUCACCAUCACUCGGCAGAAGCGACGAGGGGCCCCAGAGCAGCCACCCAACCAGCAGGACAAGCCUGGGGCCCAGACUCAGAAGUCUGAGACAGGAAAGCAAGCUAAGGUGCCCGAGAGAGCUCAGGAGCCCAUGAAGCAAGCUGACUUUGUCCGCAGCAAGUCUUUCCUGAUGGCUCCAGCGAAGCCUGCUGUGGAACGGAGGCAGGGGGCAAAGCUUUGCCUCCAGGAGGGGCUGCAAAGAGGGAUUUCCUUGUCCCAUCAGAACUUGGCAGCUCAGUCUGCAGUGAUGACGGAGAAAGAAUUGCAUCAGCUGAAGAGAGCUAGUUAUGCCAGUGCAGAGCAGCCAUCCUGGAUGGAACUCGCCAGAAAGAAAUCACAAGCUUGGAGUGACAUGCCCCAAAUUAUAAAAUAGGUUGGCAGCGUGAUAAAAAUAAAAAAUAAAAAAGAAAGAAAGAAAAAAAUGUCCACCACCUUGAUGGGACACUUCAUGAAAAACGUCCACUGAAGGCAAACAAACUGUGAAACUUAAGAGCGAUUUUAUCAUCAGGUUAUGGAAGGGCGAGCUCAGGGAAGAAGGAACCAGGCAAACAAGGAGGACAGAUGCACAGCCACAGUCCUGGGCCAGAGGUGCCCGAAAACAAGAACACCAUUGAAAAGGGCCAGGAACGAGGCCCCAUGCCCGAAGGUAUGAAUGCGAGUCUUUCAGAAUCCCCUUGAUCAAAGGGGCUGGGACAAGGAAGAAUAUGGAAAGGAAACAUGGAUGCAUAACUAAGACGUGGCUGCCAGGCCAGAAGAGAAGGCAGCCCAGAAUGUGUGUCUGUGCCUGCACUCGAGAUCAGCGUGCGACUCUGAUCAUUGUCUCGCCUUGGACCCUGCCUUCCCCCCUCGUGUUUACUACUGGACAUGACAUUUAUGGUAAACAGGGACGCCAUUUCCAAGCGCUGCUAUAAAACAGUCAGUUUUCCUGAAGAUCGUCACUCGACGAAGAAGCAGAAGGAACACGGCAGGGUGCAUCCGUUCACAGACGGUUUCCAAAAAUAAUUUUUAAACUUUUCCACUAGGCAUCUGUGUCCUCAACCAUUGCACAAUGCAUUGCCUGUUCAAUAAAAGGUUUCAAACAUG